AUGCCGCACUUGCGGAAUUGGCCUCUGAGCUCCAUCUACAAAGGGGGGUGUGUUUCACACCGGUUUCUGCUGUUGAAGGAUAGCAACGUAAUCGUCUCGUUACAUUCCAGUGACCCCACGCUCACUUCAUUAGGAGAGCUCACACUGCCAACAGCAGCGGUCUUGGACGACGGAGAGAAGGGCCCGACCAUGCUAGAGACGCUCAAAUUGCUACGUACGUACAUCCCCAGUGCAGAUGAUGUGAAGAAGGCCAUUGAGCUCGUUGUUGACGCCAUGACGGACCAAGCUGGCAAGCAAAGGAGUGCAACGGACGCCACUGCUGCCGAGCCAUUCCAGCUGAUGGUCGACAGCGCGUGCGUGCUCCACAACACCAGCCCUCGCUUUGCUGGCGGCUACCGCUUCGGUCUUGUCGCUGAGGUUGGUAUCAGUACUGGCCGCAUUCACGGCCGGGGCCCCUUGAGCGUGGAAGCGCUGAUGAACGUCGAAGAAGCUGUAAUGAGUCCCUCGACUCCACGCCACCAUCAAACGACGAGCAAGGACGUGAAGCUGCCCUAUGAGAAGCCUGGACAAAAACACCGCUGUAGACCGACCGUUCGUGCAAGUAUGCGUUCGUUAGAGAACUACAACUUCGACGAGAGCAAUUAUUGCAGUGAAGAAGUCGAACCAUACGCUGAAGCUGCUCGCGUCCGUGCGUGGUUGCGUGAGGCGCCGAAGAUUACGCAGCUCGAGCUCGUCCCUGUCAAGCACGCGCAUCAGUCCCACGCGGUAGUGGGCAACGACUGUGCUGCCGACUACACCACCGCUCCAGCCAAACUACCGUACGACCACGACGCGUGUCUGGGCAGCAGCGUGCUCAACUAUUGGAUGGCACUGCACUCGUCAACCUGGCAAGUGUAUGUGAACUGUGCACCGCUCGAGAGCACCACGUCCACCGGUGCAACCUCCAAGUACGGUGUGUCCGGCACUACAACGUCAGCGUCAUCGACGGCCGGCUCUUCAGUCGCCUCGAACUCGAGCUCGCUGGAUUUCCAGAACAACUACGCGACGUCCAACUCGGCGUCCACUUCGAAUGAAGCCACCACUGCGCCGAGUACUACCACACCUACUGCGUCUACGACUCCAUCGACCACCACAACGACAGCUUCCAGCACCGACACGACCAAGUGCACUGUGCGCCGUCGACGUGACUAA